UUGCAGUGGCUGGAAAUGCGUCAACUUUUACUUUCUCUUCUUGCCCUGAAACGACAAACGGUUCAGUGCCACUCCCAUGUUUUCCCUCGUCCCGGCAGCCUCACUGUAAAACCUCUGACGCUCAGGUGUUCGUCACACAAGGGCUGCGAGGACGCGCCAGGAAACGUCGCCGCCUCUGCUCUCCUGUGUGUGAAGCACUCAGCCAUGAACUGGCUGGGGCUGCAGGCGGCCCUCAGCGGCGUCAGCAAGUACUCCACGGCGUUCGGCCGCGUGUGGCUCUCCGUGGUCUUCGUCUUCAGGGUCCUGGUGUUCGUGGUGGCGGCUCAGCAGGUGUGGGGCGACGACCGCGAGUUCGUGUGCAACACGGCGCAGCCCGGCUGCCGCAACGUGUGCUACGACCACAUCUUCCCCAUCUCCCACGUGCGCAUCUGGGCCCUGCAGCUCAUCUUCGCCACGUGCCCGUCGCUGAUGGUGAGCGCGCACGUCAAGUAUCGGGAGAUGAAGAACAGCCAGCCGGCGUGCGCGCGCAAGUACGCGCACCCCGGGAGGAAGCGGGGCGGGCUGUGGUGGACCUACCUGGUGAGUCUGUUUUUCAAGGCGGGCUUCGACACCGGCUUCAUCUACCUGCUCCACUACAUCUACCCCAACUUUGACAUGCCCCGUCUGUCCAAGUGCUCCCUGGAGCCGUGUCCCAACACAGUGGACUGCUUCAUAACCCGCCCCACGGAGAAGAAGAUCUUCACCCUGUUCAUGGUGGUGUCCUCCGCUGCGUGCGUAUUCCUGUGUAUAUGCGAGGUGUUCUAUCUCAUCUGUAAGCGCAUCCAAAAGCAAUAUUACAGCCCCAUAGGCGCCAGCGAAGCUGCACACAGAGCGGUGGACCCGACGCAGUCCAUUGAGAACAUCUGCAACAAAGCGACUGAGCAGAGACUUUCUAAUACAUGAUACGAACGCGCCCGGCAGACUCCACGGAGAAAUCUGCAUUACCAAUGACUUUAAAAGUAGUGUUUUGUAAAUAUUGUGAUGCUUCCUGCUGGAAUAUGCGCAUUUUGCAUGCAAAUGAACUGCUCAUGAAGGCGCCCGGAAUUGGUUUGUGCGACUGCAGGACGCAGGAUGUGGCGACGUAGCUGUGGUUUGAUCUCUGGUGCUUUUAUUUAACGCACACAGAGCAUCAUUAACAGGAAUACCUCAUAGAAAUAUUACACAUUCAAUGUUAUUUUGUGUUAUUAUACUAAUGUUUCAUAUGUACACAAACAUAAGUUUUAUUAUUCUGUUAUUCUUAUUGUGUGUUGUCUUGGGUUUUCUUUUCUCUAAAAAGUGAUGUCACUAUUAUCCAAAACUACAAAAGAAGAAAAGAAUGGUAAUUUGUUAAAGAAGGAAAAGGAAAAUAAAUGAACAUUUUUAAACAAAA